AUGGCGUCCCCGGCGCUGGCGGUGGCGCUGGCGGCGGCGGCGGCGGCGGGCCCCAACGCGAGCGGCGCCGGAGAGGGGGGCAGCGGCAGGGCCGCCAACGCCUCGGGGGUCGCCUGGGGGCCGCCCCCGGGCCAAUAUUCAGCGGGCGCCGUGGCGGGGCUGGCGGCUGUGGUGGGCUUCCUUAUCGUCUUCACCGUGGUGGGCAACGUGCUGGUGGUGAUCGCAGUGCUGACCAGCCGGGCGCUGCGUGCACCGCAGAACCUCUUCCUGGUGUCGCUGGCCUCCGCCGACAUUCUGGUGGCCACGCUGGUCAUGCCCUUCUCGCUGGCCAACGAGCUCAUGGCCUACUGGUACUUUGGACAGGUGUGGUGCGGUGUGUACCUGGCGCUCGACGUACUCUUCUGCACCUCGUCCAUCGUGCACCUGUGCGCCAUCAGCCUGGACCGCUACUGGUCCGUGACGCAGGCUGUCGAAUACAACCUGAAGCGCACCCCGCGCCGCGUCAAGGCCACGAUCGUGGCCGUGUGGCUCAUCUCAGCCGUCAUCUCCUUCCCACCGCUUGUCUCGCUCUACCGCCAGCCCGACGGCGCCGCCUACCCGCAGUGCGGCCUCAACGAUGAGACCUGGUACAUCCUAUCCUCCUGCAUUGGCUCUUUCUUCGCGCCCUGCCUCAUCAUGGGCCUGGUCUACGUGCGCAUCUACCGCGUGGCUAAGCUGCGCACACGCACGGUCAGCGAGAAGCACACGACCACGGGCCCGGACGGCGCGUCCCCUACCACGGAGAAUGGGCUGGGGGCGCCUACGGGCGUGGGCGAGAACGGGCACUGCGCGCCCCCGCGCCGCCCGCGCGACGUAGAGCCGGAGGACAGCAUCGCGACGGCCGAGAGGCGGCGGCGCCGGGGUGCCCUGCGGCGAGGUGGGCGACAGCGCGCGGGGGGCGCGGACGCGCUGGCUCCCGGGGCCGUCGGGUCCGGCGCGCUCUCCUCCGCGAGGUCCCCGGGUCCCAGCGGGCGCCUGUCUCGAGCCAGCUCGCGUUCCGUCGAGUUCUUCCUGUCGCGCCGGCGCCGGGCGCGCAGCAGUGUGUGCCGCCGCAAGGUGGCUCAGGCGCGCGAGAAGCGCUUCACCUUCGUGCUGGCCGUGGUCAUGGGCGUAUUCGUGCUCUGCUGGUUUCCCUUCUUCUUCAGCUACAGCCUGUACGGCAUCUGCCGUGAGGCCUGCCAGGUGCCCGACCCGCUCUUCAAGUUCUUCUUCUGGAUCGGCUACUGCAACAGCUCGCUCAACCCGGUCAUCUACACCAUCUUCAACCAGGACUUCCGGCGCUCCUUCAAGCACAUCCUCUUCCGACGGAGGAGAAGGGGCUUCAGGCAGUGA